GGUCAUUGUGUUUGUGCGUGGCAACCAAAUAAGAUGCAGCUGCUGUAGAGGCAGAGGAAUACGACUGUGACCGUUUCUCUUCUUCUCUACAACAUGAAGAACACGACUUAAUGUUUCUCCUCGUCACACGCGUUUCUUCCACAGUUUUCCAGAGUUUCUUCUUCACACAUCAGUCCUCGUGGUGAUUUGGACCCGUGGGCACAUUCCUAUGGUGGCCACUCAGAGUGUGGCCAUGGGCAACGGUUCGAUAAAAGCCCCGAGGGCUGAGGAGAACAUGUGCCCGGCCUCCAUCCACAAAAACCCUCCUGCUCUGGACACAGACGCUCUCAGGUUGCGAAUCGCCCGCCUGGAAGCGGCACUGGCAAAGCGGGACCAGGAGUUCCGGUCCCAGGAGCUUCAGUUGCAGCGUCUUCAGAAAGAGCUGGAGGCCAAAAUCUCCCAGAUCGACAAGCUGGAGGACGCGAUCGGCUACAACCACAACGUCCUGGGCCGCUCUCCGCCCGCCCGCUGCCACCACAGCCACCACAGCCACCACCGCUUCAGUGUCAUCAACCAGGGGCCCAGCCGCUUCCACAGGGUGGCGGUAGAGGUCCACCGCAGGCUCAAAGCAAAAGAAGGAGUCUCUGCCGAACCCACCUCGGAUAACUUCUGCCGAGGCGUCAGAGGCGAACACAGUUUCACUGUGAAGGUCGUCCACAAAGACUCACACACCAAGAAGCUCAUCAACGACGCCAUCGUAAAGAACGACUUCCUGAAGAAGCUGGAGCCGCAGCACAUGAGGGAGAUGGUGGACUGUAUGUACGAGAAGGUUUACACCGAGGGGCAGCUGGUCAUCCAAGAGGGAGAACCUGGAAACUACCUCUACGUCCUCGCAGAGGGCCUGCUGGAGGUCAUCCAGAGUGGAAAGCUGCUGGGUGAGAUGCGUCCAGGAACGGCGUUUGGAGAACUGGCCAUUUUGUACAACUGUAAAAGAACAGCGACUGUGAAAGCUGUGUCCCAGUCUCACAUCUGGGCGUUGGACCGUCACGCCUUCCAGACCAUCAUGAUGCAGACCACACAAGCCAGACACGAGGAGUAUUUCUGCUUCCUGCGCAGUGUGCCACUGCUGAGAGACCUACCAGAGGAGAAACUGGCCAAGAUCAUUGAUUGUCUUGAAGUUGACUGUUUUGAAAAGGGCGAGUAUAUAAUACGAGAGGGAGAAGAAGGAAACACUUUCUUCAUUAUUGCAAAAGGAGAGGUCGUCGUCACUCAGAGAACAGACAGUUUCUCUGAACCACAGGAAAUUAAGACGCUCGGAGUUGGAGAUUAUUUUGGAGAAAAAGCUCUGAUCAGUGAGGACGUUCGCUCAGCAAACAUCAUUUGCAAUGAGACCGACACACACUGUCUGGUGGUGGACAGAGACAAUUUCAACCAAAUUGUGGGAACAUAUGACGAGCUUCAGGCGUAUCUGAAGGAAUAUGUGGAGGAGCUGUCGAGGAGCGACGAGAGGCGGAAUGCUCUGCCCUACUCACCUCAGCUGGACUCUGCUGAGGCCCAGGAGCUGAGGAGACUCAGAGAGAAGAUCGCCCUCCUGCGUCCACACCAGCCUUUCCAUCAGCUGGAGAUCGUCGCCACGCUGGGCAUGGGAGGAUUUGGACGAGUGGAGCUGGUGAAGCUGAGGGACGAGGACAUCACCUUUGCCCUAAAGUGCAUAAAGAAGAAGCACAUCGUGGACACCAAUCAGCAGGAGCACAUCUACUCUGAGAAGAACAUCCUGCAGGGAACAAACUCAAGGUUUAUCAUAAGGUUAUUCCGGACAUUUCGGGACGAUAAAUUUGUCUACAUGCUCCUGGAGGCUUGUCUCGGGGGAGAGCUAUGGACUGUGCUGCGAGACACGAGUUACUUUGACGAACCCACAGCCAGGUUCUGUACCGGUUGCGUCUUGGAGGCAUUCGAUUACCUCCACUCUCUGGGCAUCGUCUACAGAGACCUGAAACCUGAAAACCUCCUGCUGGACUCUGAGGGCUACGUGAAAAUGGCGGACUUUGGCUUUGCCAAGAGGAUCGGCCUUGGAAAGAAGACGUGGACCUUCUGUGGGACUCCAGAGUAUUUGGCCCCAGAAGUCAUCAUGAACAAAGGCCAUGACUUUGGAGCAGAUUGCUGGUCCUUGGGAAUCCUCAUAUUUGAACUUCUCACCGGCAAUCCGCCCUUUACCGGCUCCGACCCCAUAAAGAUCUACACCAUGGUCCUUCAUGGCAUCGAGAAGGUGGACUUCCCCAAGAGGAUCGGCAAACGUCCAGACGACCUCAUCAGGAGACUCUGCAGGCUGAACCCCGUUGAGCGGCUGGGAAACAAAAAGAACGGCAUCAUCGACAUAAAGAAGCACAAGUGGUUCCGAGGCUUCAACUGGGAGGGACUGAGACACCGCAAGCUGUUGUCUCCACUGAGGACAGAGGUGAAGGGCCCAAUGGAUCACAGUCACUUUGACAUUUUUCCCCCGGACACAGAUGAGGUUCCUGAUGAGCUGUCUGGCUGGGACAAAGACUUCUGAGGACACUCGACGUUUGGUCUGUGAGCACCGGCGGUGGAUCGUUUCCCCAAAAUUGUGGAAGUGGUCAUACUUCGAAAUCGUGUAAAUGACAGUCGCCCCCUGGUGGCUUCUCAACAAACACUCACUUCUAUAUUCAGUGUGUGGGUAACGUACGGAAUAAUCUGUGCUACCUGGAUUAUUACGGAAGCCACGGGAAGUCCAGUUUACUCUGGUGACCGAGGACGAU